CUUGGAUUUUCUUCAACGUUUGCCACGCCGCGGAUGCCAUGACAUGGACGUGUCCGCGAUGCACGCUGAUCAACGACUCCUCCUCGACAACGUGCGAUGCGUGCGGGCACUCUGCUCGUCCACCUGACAAGGCACCUCUUGCGGCGCCAUCUAAUACACAACCUCCACCGCCCGAACCGUCGUCCUACCUCUCUCUUCUGUCGACUUGUCCUGACUGUCGCAGAUCCAUUUGGCCGGGUUCAUCUACCGUUCAAGCGUUGGGCAACUCGUACCACCACGGAUGUUUUCGAUGCACUGCGUGCGCACAACCACUACCUAGCGGGGUUCGAUUCUCCAUCCACGAAAAUGAGCCAUACCACACGCAGUGUUUUCAGCAGCUCUACCAUCCCAGAUGCGACGUGUGCGACGAAUGGCUCCCCAUCCACGCCGACGGCCGCAGCCCCUACAACCUAAAUGUUUUCUGGCAGCAGAAGUACUGUCCAUUGCAUGAACAACGCGACCGUUGCUGCAGUUGCCGCCGCAUCGAAGUAAGAGUGAUGUCCAUGGUUCGCCCGCGUCACAAAGACUCCCGUCGCAGCCAACGGCGCGUGCCAAGCACUUUGAGUCGCUCGUGGACGGACGCAAACUGUGUGGGGACUGCGCGACCACAGUCAUUGUCGACACCGAAGAGGUGCAGCCAGUCGUUCAAGACGUGUGGGCGUUUCUGGCGUCUCUUGGGCUGCAUCUGCCAGAGGUCCGUAGUACACCGUUGUGUCGUUCCUCAUGACGUUUUGACAAAGGUGCCGGUAUUCCUUGUGGACUUCGAUACACUCAACGCCCAGACCCACUCGGCGCACUCCAACAUGCCCAGGGAGAGCAAAGCCCCGGCGGUCUACGGCGUGUGUCUAUCCGACGUCGACCACUUUGCCCAUCGAUCCGUUCAGCAAUUCUUCCGAUUGGAAAUGGCCCCCACGCGGCGCGUCCACGGCAUCAUGGUGCUUCAUGGCCUUCCGUUUGACAUGACUGCGUACAUCUUGGCCCAUGAGGCCACCCACGCGUACUUUAAGUUGCACGAUGGCUUUCCCACAUCGCUUCCGCUGAAGGUCGAAGAAGGCACGUGCCAAUUGGUCGGGUACCUCUACCUGCAGUACCGCAAAGUGAUGGCGGGCGAUGACAGCGACAGACCUCACGCAGCCAAGUUGCGGGACUGGUACCUUGAGUCCCUCGUCAACGACCCGAGUCCAGUCUACGGCGACGGACUGCGCGAUGCCUUGCAUGCGUUCAACUCGACCAACUCGCUGCAAGUGUUACUCGAUCACAUUCGGGAAACGUCGGCGUUUCCGUCGGUGUAGCGCGAGUUGUGGAGAAACAUGCCAUCCCCACGAACACGACGAGAUGUAUCACACAAAAGCCUUUAUGCGGUCGGAGACGUCGUCUGUCGCGGACUCGAGUUGGCAGACACAAGGAGAGCUUGCAUGUCUGCGAGGAGCUUCCGCUGGUACUCGAGCGACUCGAAGAGGUUUGGGUUGAAUUCGGCCGAUACGUCCCCCUUGUCGUUUGCGUCGGCCGUUGUCGCAUGUCGAUGCGGCUGGACUGCGGAUGCUGCAGACACUCGUUCAGCGUGGUCGGGUACGAAACAUGACAUCGAACCUGUUCGUUCCAGCGUGAGAAGGCGGGGCGUGCUCACGUCGGCCUGGAGGACGACGCGCGAUGACGUUGCUGGACGGUCCAAAUCAAAUGGAUAACCACCAACAACGAGAAUGUACCCUUUGGCGUGCGAA